GGUUUCUAAGACCGCAUCGACAUCCAUCACACAAAAAUGUCUGACUCUGAGACUGUUGAUCUGUCGAGCAAAUAUGUCCUCCAAACUGCUGGCUUUGACGCUCGCUUUCCGAACACCAACCAGACGCGUCACUGCUUCCAGAAUUACACGGACUACUUCAAGUGCGUCGCCGCCAAGGGUGAAGACUUCGCACCGUGCAAACAAUUUAAGCGUGCCUACAACUCGUUAUGUCCUAAUGAAUGGAUAGCGAAGUGGGACGAACAGAGGGAGAACGGGACAUUCCCUGCGUCACUCGAGCCUUGAUAUAGAUAGCUGAUGCCCUUGCACCUUUUUAUUCAAUGAUAAACUCUGCUUGCUUGAGUGGUUUUCUGCGAACCUUUAUACGCUGCUUUUACGUCUCCAGGUUUUCGGAAUAGUUUCCGCUGCGACCGAUUUGCGAUUGACAAACUCCAGUUGUAAGGCCUUCUUGGCAAAGU